CUCCCUUGUCUUCCAAGCAAACACGCCUCAAUUUUCUCUCUUCUCAUCCUCCACCAGUCGCUCCAAAAUGGAUGUGCGCCGGCGACCUACCUCUGGAAAAACCAUCCACUCUGUGAAACUUAAAUCGGUGGAGGAUGAGAGUGCCCAGAAGCCCUCUGAUGCAUUGCCUCUCCCUCUGUACCUAAUCAAUGCUCUCUGUUUUACCGUUUUCUUUUAUGUUGUUUAUUUUCUGCUCAGCCGCUGGCGUGAGAAGAUUCGCACAUCUACCCCUCUACAUGUCGUUGCUCUCUCCGAAAUUGCUGCUAUUGUUGCUUUCGUUGCUUCCUUCAUUUACCUACUUGGCUUCUUUGGUAUUGACUUUGUUCAGUCCCUGAUAUUACGCCCUCCUACAGAUAUGUGGGCUGUGGAUGAUGAUGAGGAGGAGACGGAGGAAGGGAUUGUACUCAGGGAAGAUACCCUGAAAUUGCCAUGUGGGCAAGCUCUCGAUUGCUCUCUUUCUGCACCACCACUAUCACGGGCAGUUGUUUCUUCUCCGAAAGCAAUGGACCCUAUCGUGCUUCCUUCUCCGAAGCCGAAAGUGUUCGAGGAAAUCCCAUUUCCGACAACCACCACCAUCCCUAUUUUGGGCGAUGAAGAUGAGGAGAUCAUUAAAUCUGUUGUGGCUGGAACUAUCCCUUCUUAUUCCCUCGAGUCUAAAUUGGGGGAUUGUAAGCGUGCUGCUGCAAUCAGGCGCGAGGCCUUGCAGAGGAUAACUGGCAAGUCUCUCUCUGGGUUACCACUGGAGGGCUUUGAUUACGAGUCAAUCUUGGGGCAGUGUUGCGAGAUGCCAGUUGGGUAUGUCCAAAUUCCCGUUGGAAUUGCUGGACCUUUGUUGCUAGACGGCAAGGAAUACUCGGUUCCCAUGGCUACCACUGAAGGGUGCUUGGUAGCCAGCACCAAUAGGGGUUGCAAGGCCAUUCACUUAUCUGGUGGAGCCACAAGUGUCCUGUUGAGAGAUGGGAUGACCAGAGCGCCGGUCGUUAGGUUUGGGACAGCAAAAAGAGCGGCCCAGUUGAAGUUGUACUUGGAGGAUCCUGCCAAUUUUGAGACCCUGUCCACUUCGUUUAACAAAUCCAGCAGAUUUGGCAGGCUUCAAAGCAUCAAAUGCGCUAUUGCCGGAAAGAACCUAUACAUGAGAUUCUGUUGCAGCACUGGUGACGCUAUGGGUAUGAACAUGGUCUCUAAAGGUGUCCAGAAUGUAUUGAAUUUCCUCCAGAAUGAUUUCCCUGACAUGGAUGUUAUUGGCCUUUCUGGUAACUUCUGCUCGGAUAAGAAGCCUGCAGCUGUGAACUGGAUUGAAGGAAGGGGCAAGUCAGUGGUGUGCGAGGCCAUAAUCAAGGGAGAUGUGGUGAAGAAGGUGUUGAAGACGAAUGUGGAAGCCUUGGUGGAGCUUAACAUGCUCAAGAACCUCACUGGUUCAGCCAUGGCUGGAGCUUUAGGAGGGUUCAAUGCUCAUGCCAGUAACAUAGUGACUGCAAUUUACAUAGCAACCGGCCAAGAUCCAGCACAGAACGUAGAGAGUUCUAACUGCAUCACCAUGAUGGAAGCUGUUAAUGAUGGACAGGAUCUUCAUGUCUCUGUGACUAUGCCUUCUAUCGAGGUUGGUACUGUUGGAGGAGGUACUCAGCUUGCAUCUCAAUCAGCAUGCCUGAACCUGCUUGGGGUGAAGGGAGCAAGCAAAGAGACGCCAGGAGCUAACUCCAGAGUUCUAGCCUCAAUAGUUGCUGGUUCUGUUCUUGCUGCAGAGCUAUCUCUCAUGUCUGCAAUUGCUGCUGGACAACUAGUGAACAGCCACAUGAAAUACAACAGAGCCAACAAAGAAGCUGCUGUUUCCAAGCCUUCUUCCUAAGAAAAUCAAAAUUUCUAAUUAUUGGACUUCUGUAUACUCUUUUUCUUGUCAUUUUGAUUUUUUCUAAAAUCCCUGUAGGAAAUAUUCUACAAUUUGUGUAAAAUUAAUCAUAAAGUUUGGUACCAUUUUAUCCCCAA